CCUCCUUGGUAUAUAUAGUGCGUGCGGGACUAUGAGAGGUCUCCUGGCCGCCACCAUGAAGGGUAGCAUCAUCUCCGUCUGCUGCUUCGUCUCCCUGCUGCUUUUGCAGGCCACGGCAGAAGAAGAGGAAGACUUCACGUCCGUCCUCCGAGAUAAAUCCCACAUCGAGGAGACGCUUCGAUUCGCCACAGAGGAAAAAGCAGCAGACUAUGCAGCGGCUGUGCAGAGGCUGCGGAAGAUCUACCACUCCUCCAUCAAGCCCAUGGAGCAGGCCUACAAGUACAACGAGCUGAGGCAACACGAGAUCUCAGCCUACCCUGGACGAACCCUGGGCGACGCAGCCACAGAUGGAGAAAUCACAUCCAAGCCCAUGGUUUUGUUCCUGGGACCGUGGAGCGUAGGAAAGUCCUCCAUGAUUAAUUACCUCCUGGGCUUGAACGACAGCCCCUACCAGCUCUACACAGGAGCUGAGCCUACUACCUCUGAGUUCACCGUCAUAAUGCACGGCGAAAAGAUCCGCUCGGUGGAGGGCAUCGUGAUGGCGGCGGACAGCUCUCGCUCAUUCUCCCCUCUGGAGAAAUUUGGGCAAAACUUCUUGGAAAAAUUGAUUGGGAUCGAGAUGCCCCACAAGCUGCUGGAACGUGUUACUUUUGUGGACACGCCGGGAAUCAUCGAGAACCGCAAGCAGCAGGAGAGAGGCUACCCCUUCAAUGAUGUCUGCCAGUGGUUCAUCGACCGAGCGGAUCUGAUCUUUGUGGUUUUCGAUCCCACCAAGCUGGAUGUCGGAUUGGAGCUGGAGAUGCUUUUCCGUCAACUGAAGGGGCGCGAGUCACAGAUUCGCAUUAUCCUCAACAAGGCCGACAACCUGGCCACCCAGGAUUUGAUGCGAGUGUACGGAGCGCUUUUCUGGAGCUUGGCCCCGCUCAUCAAUGUGACAGAGCCCCCCCGUGUCUACGUCAGCUCCUUCUGGCCCUACGAUUACGCUCCGGACACCAGUCGCGACCUCUUCAAGCGGGAGGAGAUCUCCCUACUGGAGGAUCUCAACCAGGUGAUUGAAAACCGCAUGGAGAACAAGAUCGCGUUCAUCCGGCAGCAUGGCAUCCGCGUUCGCAUCCACGGCCUCUUGGUGGACCGCUACGUCCAGACCUUCAAGGAGAAGAUGAGCUUCUUCAGCGACCCGGAACUGGUCUUUAAGGAGAUCGUGGAUGACCCGGACAAGUUCUACAUAUUCAAAUCCAUUCUUGCCAAGACCAACGUUAGCAAGUUUGAUCUCCCCAACCGUGACGCCUACCGUGACUUCUUCGGAAUCAACGCGAUAACCAACUUCAAACCUUUGUCGUCCCAGUGCUCCUACAUUGGAGGCUGCUUGCUGGAUAAGAUCGAGAAGGCCAUCACCAAUGAAUUGCCCGCCCUCUUGAGCAGCAUCAACUCGGGCAAACAGCCUGGUCUGUCUUCUUGCGAGGCCACUGGCUGCGGGGAGAAGCCUAAAAACCGUUACCGGAAGAACUGAGAUUAAGCACGACACUUUGAGCAGGAGGGAGGAAGGAAAGGAAGGCGACAGAGGAGGUGAAGAUAAAGACAGGGCUCUGAUGUAGGGCCAAUCCUGAUUCAGAAGACCUGCAAUAACAAGGAGACGAGGAAACGGAUAUUAGAGCUUUAUUUUCCUCAGGUGACCAUGGGAUGAUCCAUUUUGGGGACUGGGGGAUAAGACAGAUCGUGGGAGGGGAGGCUCAUUGUCUGAAGAAGGCAGCUUAAGGAUACAAGUGUUGAUGAGGUAAUAUACUGGACUGUCUGGAAAGUUUUGUUGCGGGGGCGGGGGGGAGCAUUGAUGUGCAAAAACGGGAGGAACAGCCAGUCCGAUAGCAGCCCACUUGUAUGUGAAUAAAACAGAAACUAGGAAGAGGUGUCAUCAGUUUGUGUUGUAAUAUCCUGAGGGGGGAAAACAGCUUUUACAGCAGGUCAAUUCCAAAAUGCUUCAGACUUUGAAGCAGUCUUUUUGUGGGUGCUAUACAAGCUUCGGUUUUGGAUAUAGUUUGAGAGAGACUAACAGUUAUUAUUAACCUUGCAUGACAUUAGAGGCCUUUCUUAACUUUUUGGUGCAUGUCCAAUAAACUCAGAGUAUUUCCGAACCUACCAGGCAACCAACGAGGCCAUUUUAUUUUCAUCUACGCCCGUUGGUCUCGCGUGUUGACAAUCCGUGAAAUGUGACGGAAGCAGAGCUCAAACGGUCAUCAGAGUCUUCAGAGUGGGGUUAUUGUUUUUUUCUUUUUUUUUUUUUUUUUAAACCUGGUCUUAUUGUCUUUUUAUUGCCUGUCCAGAUGAUCAGAUCCUAUAAUGUUAUGAAUGAUGUUAUCCUUCGAUUAGUAAGCUUCCCAGCUUUUUUUUCUACCUGAAUGACCACAAAGAACCACACCAAAAAGAUGUGGUUAGCUCUUUUUUUUUUCCAUGUGCCAAUCUAUUUAUUCGUUGUGUGUGUGUGUGUGUGCGUGCGUGUGUGCAGACCUUCCAAUGGUCAUUGUAUGUAGACUACCUGCUUCUGUGGGGGGGUCGGGGGGGGGGGAAGGAUAGAGAUGGAGAAAGCGGAUCACUCUGAAGUUGAUCCCUGAUCCCUGUCAACAGUUCGAGUCUGGCUAUGAGCUCUUAUACAAACCUACCUUGGCGAAUUUCCUAGAAGUGCUUGCCUACUUCCUUUCUUCAUGACUGUGUGAAGCAUUCAGGGAACACAGGGGGUUCCUCGGUUAGUGGUAGAAAUUGUUUAACGUGUGGCCGGUAAAGCAAAGUACACACACACACAGUGAUUUUUAACAUCUGAACAAAAUUUGAAAAUGUGGGCGAUCCCACAUAUGACAAGGAGAAAAUGGACAAGCGUGUGCUUACUGCACUUACAGUGUGUGUGCGUGGGUACUCAAGAUGACCAAGACACCACA